AUGUUUGGCGCCGUUCCUGUGAGUCAUAGGUACGGUAACCCUCCAGUAUUUAAUUCCCAUCUCCAACUCCCCAAACUCGCCUGCAACCAGAGAACUGGACUUCGCAAACAGAGCGACAAGAAAGGCAAGAUGAACCUCACCAUCCGCCCCGCGACUCCCUCCGACGCACCCACCCUCGCAACCAUCAACAUCGCCGCCUUCACCAACAAGCCCUUCCUCGCCUCCGCAUUCCCCACCGUCAGUCCGGCCGCCGCCCACGCCCUCAAAAGCGCGCGAUGGACGCAGAAGCUCGCAACGCCGAAUACGCACAUCUGGACGGCUGUUGAUCAAGACUCGGGCGCGAUAGUCGGCUGUGCGCGGUGGUCGUUCCCCGCGGACGCGACCGACAAGGCUGCCGAGAGCGCCGCGAGCGCCGCGAGCGGGGCGGAAAUGGAAUCACCGUGGGGUUCGGGCGCGCUGCCUCUACCGGAGGGGACGAACCGCGCUGUGUAUGAUGGGUUCUUUGGGACGCUGAAGGAGAAGGCGGCGGAAUACGUGCGGGAUGAGGAUAUCGUCCUCGACUUCAUCGCCACGUCGCCGGAGUCCCAAGGGAAGGGCGUCGCGAGAGCCCUGCUUACCUGGGGGAUUGAGGAAGCGGACAAAGUACAGCGCCGGAUCUACCUCGAGGCUACGACGGAGGGGUUCCCCGUGUACGCCAGAUUGCUUGUCAAGAUGGACGUCCAGAUCCUCCCGCUCUCCAAACGCGACAUCCCGCAGGCCGUAGAAUGCAUCCAGACCGUCUUUGCCGAUGAUCCCUUCUUCACAUAUAUGUUUGAUCCGGAGACCUACAACAUCGCCCGCAACGCCGCCUCCCUCUCCGCGCACUUCCGCCACGGCCUCGCCAUCCGCGCCCCGAUCUACAUCGCCAAAGACACGGCCUCAAAUCGCGUCGUCGGAAUCUGCUGGUGGCACCCUCCAGAACCAACAUCGUCUAGCCCGCCAUUCACCCAUCAAGCCCAGGACGCUUUACUUUCCAUCCGGCAGUUUCUCUUCAAUAUCCGGUAUCGAGGGCGCGGCGGACUGAGGUUAAAUCGCUACCGGCAAUGGAAAGCCUUGCAGGCGAAGAAACAUGACAGAAUCUGGACGGAUGAGCGAGGGUACUACUUCUGCAAUGUUAUCGCCGUGCGUGCUGAGAUGAGAGGGUUGGGACUGGGCAGACGGUUGGUUGAGGUUGUUACGGAGCGGGCUGAUGAAGAGGGCAUGCCGUGUUAUCUGGAGAGCUCGAAGGGGAUGCCGAACCUGGCGAUAUACCAGAAACUUGGCUUUCAGGGCGUUGGGGAGAUUGAGUGUGUGGAUGAGAAUGGGAAAGAUGGGUGUACGCUCUACUGCAUGAUUCGGCAACCUACCAAGAGCGAGAACGAUAAUUGA